AUGACAACAAGUAGCAAAUACAAAUUUCCGAACUCUGGACAGUCGCUUAAAGGUGAAUUUUGGUGGUCUAAUGCAAUUUUCUUCGUCGGAGUGCACGUUGCGGCAUGUCUUGGGUUAUACUACAAGCCUCCGUGGGUCGUGUCUCGAGCGACAAUUUGGCUGGGUAUUGCAGUUUGGCAACUGGCAUGCUUCGGAGUAACGAUAGGAUACCACCGUUUGUAUUCGCAUAGAGCGUUCCGCGCUGCACUUGGUGUCAGGAUCAUACUUGCGGCUCUUGGGUCUAUGGCCUUCCAGGGCUCAAUAAAGAGAUUCACGGACGAUCCGGUACUUGAUCCAUAUGCAGCAACCCGAGGUUUGCUAUUCUCGCAUAUGGGCUGGAUAUUUUACAAGCCGAAGUAUGAGAAGAUGGAUACGAUUAAUAGAGAUGACUUGGAAAGUGAUCCUGUGCCGAUUGCUCUCCUUACUGGAUUCGUCUUGCCGAUCGCCUUGGGCAUGCUAUGGGAUGAUCCAAGCGGCGCCUUCGUCUGGGGAGGUCUUGUAGCACGGCUUGCGAUUUGGCAUUGCACUUUCCUAGUGAAUUCCCUAGCGCACUGGGACGGCUUGCAACCGUACUCCGACGAGAAUACCUCCAGAGGGAACUUGCAUGCGUUCCCUCAUGAUUUUCGUGCCGGUCCAUCGCGGCUGACCUGGGAUCCAUCGAAAUGGAUUAUUAUCCUAUUACACCGCUUCGGUCUUGUUACAGGAUUGCGACGAGCACGCAACGAAGAUAUUCGAAGCGCCUUGGCUUGGAUGCGAUUACACGGACAUAAACAUCACAUUGAAUACCCAACGUCUGAUUCUGGCUUACAAUCAGGCGAUGAGUCGAUUAUCUCACAAUCUUCCUCCUCAUCUUCGGAGUUUGAGGAUGAAGACUCGGAGUGGGAGGGACCUAUAUGGGAUGAAGAUGCGUUGCGUAAAUACGUUGCUGAGCGACCUGGACGAUGUGUUGUGUUGCUUGAUGGGUACGCUGUUGAUGUAACUCGGUAUCUUGGGGAACACCCCGGAGGUGCUCUGCUCUUACGAAAAUACUCCAUCCGAACAAUCGAGGAUGGCGAUUCCGCAGAACCAAAGUCCGCGACGUCAGAUCGUGCGCGUGAGGCUACGUCUGCUUUCCAUGGAGGACUAAAUAACCAUUCGCGCGCGGCUAGGAGACGACAAAGACAGUUGAGAGUUGCAAGGGUGGUACUUAAUUAA